AUGGGCCUCCAGACAAUCUUCAUCAAUGCUUUGAACGCCAGCAGAUGUAUAUCCCGCCCGAGACGAAAAGUAAGACGGGCCGUCGAAGAGCCAGAGAGCUACAAAGUCGUCUUCCUGGGAGGGUCGGCUGUGGGGAAGACAAGUAUCAUCAAACGCCACUUCUACGACAAGCACAACUACAGCCACUCAAUAACCAUCGAAGACUUGUACAAGGAGAAGAUCACAGUGGAGAAUGUGCAGUUGGAGAUGGACAUCAUCGACACCUCCGGGAGUGAGCAUCUCCCGGCCUUGCGGCGGCAAGCGAUACAGAAGGCUGACGCGAUUGUGAUCGUAUACGCUUUAGAUGAUGCGGACUCCUUCAUGGAGCUAUUAAAUCAGCUCCACGAAGUCAUGAAAUUACGAAACCCGAUGCCAUCCGUCGUCAUCGUCGGCAACAAAGCUGACGUUUGCACACUAGACGAAAAGGAAAGGCAGAAAAGGCGUGACUACUUCAUGAACGAAUUAGACCUAUUUUACGUCGAGUGUUCAGCUAGGGAAGGAACGAACGUGAACGAAGUGUUCGAAAAACAGCUCUUCACAGAACUUUUUACCAGCCAAUCGGACAAGAAAAAGAGCAAAAGGGGAUCAUUCCAACAGUCAAAGCCCUUUUUUAGGAAACUGAAGAAGAGGUUUUCUUCCUUGCGGCGUUCGUGA